UCCCCCCCGCCAUUUCUCUCCACCUCCCUUCUUCCCCAAUACGCCACUAAUCAUCACAUCUCUCGCUCUCUCUCUCUGUCACUCCAUUGACAGAACGGAGGAAAGGGGGAACUGGAGAAGCAGAGCAUUGAAAAACAGAGAGGAGAAGACAGUAAAAAACGGAUCUCCUCAGCACUGAUAGUCAUCCAGCGGCGCCGAAGCAAUGAGGACAGAGGUGAAUACAAUUUCCAAGUCUUCAUGGCCCAAAGUCGUGGUACGUAAGUGGCUCAACAUGCGGAGCAGAUCGGAAAAGUUCCACUCCGACUGCACCUUGAGAGAUGCAGUGAGGAUGGAGAUGAGGAGGAAGAGCUGUUCAGACCAGGACCGGUAUGUGAUCGUCCCGGAAGAAUUUUCAGAGGGCUGGCUGAUGGAGGCAAGCAACGGCCUUAAAGAACCGCCACUUGGAUGUACGGCGGCGCCACCAGCCACCGGUACUCCCGGCCAGGAUCUGCGGAUGUUCGUUGGGACGUGGAAUGUUGGAGGGAAGUCACCCCAUGAGGGUCUUAACUUAAGGGACUGGCUAACUUCCCCGACCCCGGCCGAUAUCUAUGUUCUCGGGUUCCAAGAAAUAGUUCCUUUGAAUGCCGGGAACGUGCUGGGAGCCGAGGACAAUGGGCCUGCUGCCAAGUGGCUCUCCCUGAUACGUCAAGCCUUGAACACCGACAAGCGUGACUACGAUCUUUUGCCAUAUUGUUGCAACUCUGCCACUGGCAACGACCCGCAGGAACGGUGCGUCAAGCCAAGACAAAGCUUCUCUGACUUGCUCGUCUUAGAUCGGGAUGAGAUCGACCAGGAAGAUUUUGCUCGAUUAGUAAGCUCGAAGGUGAGCUCUGGCGAGGAGCGAGAAUCCUCCCGAAGCCCGGCUGCUUCAGGGCGGCACAACAGCUCAUCAUGGCAGCGACGCCGGUAUUGCCUGGCGGCGUGCAAGCAGAUGGUGGGGUUGUUCUUGUGCGUGUGGGUUAGGGAUGGCCUUCAGAGGCAUAUCAGCAAUUUGAGGGUGUCUUGUGUUGGGAGAGGCAUCAUGGGCUAUCUUGGGAACAAGGGCUCAAUAUCGAUCAGUAUGACGUUGCAUCGAACAACAUUCUGCUUCGUCUGCACCCACCUGACUUCUGGGGAGAAGGAAGGGGACGAGUUCAGAAGGAACGCUGAUGUUAUGGAGAUACUAAGGAAGACCAAGUUCUCUGGUAACUCGUCCCGGAUUCCCGGACAACCCUGCCCUCCCGAAAGCAUUCUGGACCACGACAAGAUAAUCUGGCUCGGGGAUCUGAAUUACCGGCUCGCCUCGAGGUGGUCCGACAUGCACAAGCUGCUCAAGAAGAAGGAUUGGCAAGCCCUCCUCGAGAAAGAUCAGCUGAGAAUGGAACAAAGGGCGGGAGGAGUGUUCGAAGGGUGGGAGGAAGGAAAGAUAAGUUUUGCUCCGACAUACAAAUAUCUCAGCAACUCCGACCAUUACGCCAUUCAGAGCUCCAAGUCAAAGGAAAAACGUCGUGCUCCUGCCUGGUGUGAUAGACUACUGUGGAGGGGGGAAGGGAUGAAGCAGAUGACGUAUAUGAGAGGGGAGUCAAGGUUCUCGGACCACAGGCCCGUUUACUCCCUCUUCUCGGUCCAAGUCAACGUGGGGGCCCACAAAGACACUGCCAGGCCCAUUACAAAGCCCAUGGGCUUCUCCCGCAGAGCCGCCAGGCCUUCCACCACUACUGCUGUUGCUGGUGCGGCCGCUGCCAUCGUGCUGCCAUCGACCUGCGCGGCCAAGGUACAAGCCGAGGAGCUCUUACUGCUGACCAGAGCCCAGAGCUGCAUAGCCUCCACCCCGAGGUUCGGCUAGCCCCAUCGUCACGAUAAAGCUUUUCCCCACGGCAUUUGAUGGAUGAAACUCCAGCCUGCUUUUAACCUUCACUCGUCGAGGAACCUUCUCGACGAGACACGGCGGGCUGAAAGUGUCCGAUGAUCCUGUCUUGGGAUGUGAGAAUCGAAUUCGAGCCGGCUAGUGGAUCAAUACGGAUUCAUGAAGGCUACUACUCAUGUGGGACCUACGACUGUGGUGCGUCGGCAGUACCUGCCGGCCGCCAAACCUCCCCGGCAUUUUAGACGGACCGGGGAACGGGUGCUCUUGGUGUGGGAGCUCGAUGAGUUAUCACGCACCGGGCGUGCGUGCGCUGUCGUUUUUGGUCCUGCACUGGAAAAUGAACUCUGAGGAACGGGCCACAAAUUUGAAAGUGUCGCGAUCCUGCUAAUUUCUGACACGUGGAUGGCGGUAAUUUUUGGACAAACUGUAAAUACGAUGAUGACGAUGUAUUGCAAUAGUGAGAAUUUUUAUUCCGAUGAAAUUGCGGGCAACUGUUGAGGGUUGAUACCAUCUUUUGCAGAUCAGCGUGUUGAGUUUUCGAUCUUCGGUGUUCGCUUCUAAGUUUGCCUUUCGUCCGGCGAAGGGUUAGAAGAAGGAUAU